UCUGCUCAGAGUUUGUACAGAAGGAGUGCGUGGAUGAAAUGGUGUGCGUAUAGGGAAGGCAGAGGAUGGGUUUUUGGGGAUGAUUGUUAUAUAAAAAGGACUUGAGCUCACUGAAUCGAUCUUUUAACGUGCCCGAAACCCGGGGAGGCUGGUUUAAAAUCUGGAUGCUGUGUGAAACUUUGCGGCUGACUGACCCUCUAGAGUUCAGGUGAAUUUAGACCAGAGACAGCGGUGAGGAUGGGAGGUGGAGGCCAGCAGACGGAGCCAGGAGAGUCUGCCAGCGGGAAAGCUAAAGGUGUUUACACCUGGGAGGAGGUGCAAAGCCACUGCAGCAGGAAUGAUCAAUGGCUGGUCAUCGAUCGAAAGGUUUACAACAUCACUCAGUGGGCCAAAAGGCAUCCAGGAGGGUCUCGCGUCAUCGGCCACUAUGCUGGAGAGGAUGCCACGGAGGCAUUCACUGCUUUCCAUCCUGAUCUUAAGUUUGUGCAAAAGUUUCUGAAGCCGCUGCUGAUCGGAGAGUUAGCGGCAACAGAGCCAAGCCAGGACCGGGACAAAAAUGCAGCCCUCGUGCAGGAUUUUGAAACUCUACGAGAUCAGGUGGAGAAAAAGGGUCUGUUUCGAGCUCGGCCUUUGUUUUUCUUCCUACACCUCGGUCACAUCAUUCUGCUAGAAGCCCUUGCAUGGCUCAUUGUUUCAAUGUGGGGGACGGGCUGGAUCCUGACCUUACUUUGCUCAGUUUUGCUGGCAACUGCUCAGUCACAGGCUGGAUGGCUGCAGCAUGAUUUUGGUCACCUGUCGGUCUUCAAAAAGUCCACCUGGAAUCACCUGGUCCACAAGUUUGUCAUUGGUCAUUUAAAGGGAGCUUCGGCCAACUGGUGGAAUCACAGACAUUUCCAGCACCACGCUAAACCCAACAUCUUCACCAAGGACCCCGAUAUCAACAUGCUGAAUGUCUUUGUGCUUGGCCAGACUCAACCUGUGGAGUACGGGAUAAAGAAGAUCAAAAACAUGCCCUACAAUCACCAACACCAGUACUUCUUUCUCGUGGGACCACCGCUGCUCAUUCCAGUUUAUUUCUACAUGCAGAUAAUGAAGACCAUGAUAUCCCGGCGUGACUGGGUGGAUCUGGCGUGGUCCUUGUCGUACUACUUUCGAUUCUUCUCCUGUUACAUCCCGCUGUAUGGCGUGUUUGGCUCAUUGGCACUCAUGUUUUUUGUCAGGUUUUUGGAGAGUCACUGGUUUGUGUGGGUGACUCAGAUGAAUCACAUACCGAUGGACAUCGAUCAUGAAAAGCACAGGGACUGGCUGACCAUGCAGUUACAAUCCACCUGUAAUAUUGAGCAGUCCUUCUUCAACGACUGGUUCAGUGGACACCUCAACUUUCAAAUCGAGCACCACUUGUUCCCUACCAUGCCGCGCCACAACUACCACCUGGUUGAUCAACAGGUCCGCGCACUCUGUGAGAAACAUGGGAUUCCUUACCGGGUGAAAACGUUGUGGCGAGGCUUUGCUGAUAUUGUCACGUCACUGAAAAGCUCGGGGGAUCUCUGGCUCGAUGCAUAUCUCCAUAAAUAACAGACGGCAUUUCCUCCACUGAUGUAGAGGAGCCUUUUUCUCUUUUUCAUCAGAAAGCGAUUGUAUCCAUUUCCAGUUUAAAAUUCAGUCGAUAUUGUGGGAAGGAUCUUUCUCAUUGUUGGUGUUAUUGUUAAGUCUUACUUUGGUUUUCAGAUUUGCUCGUUUUUAUAGAUCACAGGGUUUUCCUAAGUUGCCUUAAGAAUAUCUUGAUUAGCAGCGGUGUGAUGUUAUAAACACAGUUGUGAAACUUGCCCCUGUGACUUAUUUAAAAUGAGUUUUCAUUUUUCUAUCUUGUGAUAAUAUUUGAAUGAUUAAACAGGAUAAUUUGUUUUCACUCAAACAACAAACUAUAUAUUAAAAUGUUUAUUAUCUCCUGUCUAACGUGUAACUCUGUGUAACUUUAAAUACAGCUCUUCUGUUCUGCUCUUUCAGUAUACAAUAAAGAAACCGUGUUGAAAGAAACAGUCACCAAAUCUAUUUUAGAAAACACAUUCCAACAAAAAGCUCAAUGUAAACCACAUUGUACGGCAGCAACAUAUAUACUGCAUAUAAUCUCACUUUUACUGACAAAAACAACAAAAUGCAGAAGCAUUUCUUGCUAAGUGAUGCUGAAACCCUGCAAAAUCUUGAUAAUUUUACGCUACUUUUACAUUGUUGAGCUAUUCGCCUACCAAGACCAUAUGGUGGACACCUUGUUAUCUGAUUCCCUCCACAUCUCUGAGAGGUUAUGUUGCGAAUUAAUCUUACUGGUUGUGAGCUGUUCAAACAGGCGUUUCAAAACCAAUCAUGGUUAUUAACAGCAGAGUUACACAAUGAGGUUUUAGGGCUAUUUUUUCAUGAAAGAAAAAAAAAAAAAUAAAAAUAAUCAUUUGAGAUCAAUAAAACAAAAUGAAACCUAUUUGGACUCAAAACUAAAGUUUGACUUUGUUUCUGAUGCAGGGUAUGUUAUAACAAGAGAAUAAACAGUAAAAUAUUCAGAAACGUAUCACACUGCAUUACUGAUCUUUGCCUCAAAGAUGUAAUGUGUGCUCAGUGAUGAUCUAUAAUCACGUAGACUGUGACACCUGACACCUGUGUUUUUAUGUACCUGUGUAUGUCUACUUGUCCUAACGUGCUCAGAUAAUUGUUGAAAGUCUGAAUGUGGGUAUUAUUCACACAGUAUCUACAGUAUCCAAAGGCUCUGAGCUUUUCAACAAACAAGCACGUCUAUGAAUUAAACAGCUGUGUAAGCAGUUUGACAGA